GUAGAUUGCCAUUUGCCACCGCUAAAAGAAAAACAAAAAAAAAUUCCAAAUACCACAAAUAAAAAAUUCCCCAUUAUUCAGCACUUUCAAUUAAUCAAGCCCAAUUUCUCAAUUAUUAUUUCUUUAGAACCCUAACAUAAACCCACCAAAAAUUUCCGAGUAAACGAAAUGGGUUUCAACAUUAUCAUGCAGAUGCUUUCUAAUACUACUGGCAACUCAAUUUCAUUCAGGGUGCUAAUUUCAGUGAUGGGUUUGCUGCAUCAAUGCUGAUAGUUGGGAUUGGAGUGAGAGAGCCUUUGCAGUUGCUUCAAAGUUGAAGUCAUGGUGAAGUGUAAUAAGUCUUCCACUCACAACCAAAAACCAGUAAAAUUCAGAGCUAAAUCACUUGAAGGUCCUUAUUUUGAGAUUGCUGAUUUUUCUGGUGGAAGUUUUGAUAACAGUUCAUCAAACGAUAACAAACAUGAAAGAGAAAACUUAUCAUCGCUGUCUCCUAAGAUUAUGAGCACAAGAGAUCUCAUAUCAACAGUCGGGCAAAUAUUGGAUUGUGCUAGUCGCUCUCUUUCACGUUUUCAACCUAAAGAAAGCUUCGGCUCCUCAGGAACUGUCAGUGUUAAGGAUAAUGGUGCACAUUAUUUAGUUCGGAAUGAUAGUUUUGGCGUAAUCGAUUUCAUAGACAGAGGAUAUUUUCAUGUUGACGUAAACCCAUCUAGCUGUUUUUCAUGCAUCAUGCAACACAGUUUGAAAUUCCAAAGAGCAGUUCGAAGGGUGCAAUAUAGCCCAUACAAUGAUCAUUUGAUUGAGAAUUUCUUAUGGCAAAAGGAAGAUGAUAGUUUCAUCAAGAACGAUAUCUGGUUGAAGGAGAAGAAUCAUGUUAAUCUAGAAAAUAUUUGUAGCUUACUGAGUAGUUAUGGGUGGAUGAGCCAAAUUUCAGUUUGGCCGAAGCAUCGUAUGUCAGAAUCCAGCGAGGCCACGAAUACUGUCGAUGCCUUCAUCUCCAAGGCUGCUGCUUGUCACCAUGAAAUGAGUCUAAGCAAUGUCAGGCCUGGAAAUUUUGAUAUGUGCGUUGAUACACCCAACUUGAAGGAUCUAAUCUCUGAUGGAAUUGAUAAGGUUAUUUUACCAAGAAAAAUAUCUCAAUCCUUUUUGUAUAGGGCUAGUUUUCUUUAUGAGAUGCGGCAUAAUGAUUUUGCGGCUAGUCUGUCUACAACUACGAGUUUGGAACGUCAUCUGGAUGGUCAUGUGGAAAUUGCGGUGCCAGACUGUAUUCAUGAGCCAAAUCAAUUCGAUGUGGACGCUGAUCAUCGGUUGCAUAAUGAAUUGAGGCAAUCAGAGAAAUUUCAUGUUGAAGAUCAACUUCAAAGUGAGAACUGCUCAUCUAUAACAAACAAACCGGAUCCUGUACUAGCCAAACAAGAGCAUGCUGUUUCUGGAGCCUUAGCUGGCAUAUUUGUUAGUCUGUGCUUACAUCCAAUAGAUACAGUCAAAACUAUUGUUCAAUCUUGUCGACUUGGGCAAAAGCCUAUUUGUUACAUAUGGCAAUCAGUACUUUCUGAGAGAGGAUUACCUGGACUAUAUCGUGGAAUAACUAGCAACAUCACGACAUCUGCUCCUAUUUCAGCUAUCUAUACCUUCACAUAUGAAUCUGUGAAAGAAUUCUUGCUUCCAUCUCUUAGAAAGGAAUAUUACUCUGUUGCACAUUGCACUGCUGGUGCUUGUGCUAGUAUUGCUACAUCAUUUGUGUUCACUCCGAGUGAGCGUAUUAAGCAGCAGAUGCAAGUCAAUUCAGAGUAUCGAAACUGCUGGAGUGCAGUGCAGAGAAUUACUGAGGUGGGAGGUCUACGAUCUCUUUAUGCGGGUUGGGGAGCUGUACUCUGCAGGAAUGUACCACAUUCGAUCAUCAAAUUCUACACAUAUGAAAGCUUGAAGCGCAUGCUCAUGUCUUCACAAUCUCCUGAUGACCAGCCGAGCACUUUGCAAACGCUGUUAUGUGGAGGACUGGCUGGAUCUACUGCUGCUUUGUUUUCUACUCCAUUUGAUGUUGUGAAAACAAAGUUACAGACUCAGAUGCCUGGUUCUAUACGAAGAUAUGAUAGCAUUCUUAACGCCCUUCAAGAUAUACAAGAGCAUGAAGGUAUUAGAGGUCUUUACAGGGGUUUGAUUCCCCGACUUGCUAUGUGUAUGUCCCAAGGAGCAUUGUUUUUUGCGUCAUACGAAUUUUUCAAGAGUUUCUUAUCAUUGGAGCUUCGCCAACGUAAAGCCGAGACGCUGCAUCAUAAACAGGACAGUGAAGAUGAUCCAUUAUUAUCAAUUAUAGAUUAGUUUUACAAGAUUUGUCUAUCUAUUCGUUCGAUUAUUUUGUUUAGGAGCGUUGUACACUCUUUUUUGCUUAUACAUGUACUUCAACUCACAAAUAUAUCCUAAGCUAUUUUACUGUAUAUAAGUAGAUUCUUUACAAA